AUGCCCUUCACGACUGCGCAGGUCUGGUCCCCUCCGUACCGAAGCAGCGACCCGGAGUGGGCGCAAUAUACCACGAUCAGCAAAGACAAGCCGCUGCUACGUAGGAUACGAAAUGAGUUGGCUCUCCAAGCGAAAGAUGUAGUCGAGAAGGAACCGAUGCUCAAUCCUCGUUAUCGCAACAUCAUGCGAAUUCGCCAAUACUGGCUCGAUAUCGACUUCCCACCCCGACCACCUCCGACAUUCGAACAAUCUGGUAUUCUUUGGGACGGUAACGGUCUGCAUUGGGCCGCCCGAACGAUCGACUCCUUGAAAGCGACCCGAUUGCACAACAUUUUAUGGCCCACGGCCGCUGCACAGGCGAGCUGGGCAUACGCAUCAGCGAUGGCUAAGCAGCACUGGUUUCAGUUUCAGAGGCUACUCGGGUUCGACGUGCCACCUCCUUCGGGCCCGUUCUCCCAACCACGAACCGCGGCUCUCGAUCACCCGAAGUUCCCUUCCGCAGGACGCCAGACUCCCGACGGCAGGCCCGCCGACGCUCCCUCCGGUUCUGGCAAGGGGUCUGCAGGUAUGCAACCGCCAAGCAACGCUCCGAGUGGCGGCAAGACUAGGUUUUCCAAGGAUGAUGAUCCUUCGCUUGCUAGUAAUGUUCCGCAAAUGUCCACAGUACCGUUCGCGGAGUUCCUCAUCAAACUUGACAGGACGUGGGGACGGGCGAGGCCUUACCCGCCCCGUGGCUCGAUCCAGGUAUCAGGCAUUGUGGAGCUCGAAACUCAGACCAGCUACAUCCUCCUCGACGUCUUGGGCUUCUGGGAUCCGAAGAAGCGGGCUCUCGAUAGCAAAUCUUCGCUCUUCUCACUUCGCAGGAUUAAGAUGAAGGUUCAGGCUGCGGCAUGA